CCCGCCCGCGCCUCUCCUCUCUCAGGGCUCAGGCGCUCAGCUCCCACUCCCUCGCCACCACCACCCUCUCCGCUCUCUCUGCCCAACGGGUCGGAGACGGAGCCGGCCCCACCGCCCUGAUCUCUGGGCUACUCCCAACCGCCAAUGGACGCCGCCGCCGCCAGGACCUCCCACCUCCUCGGCAUGCCGGUUCCCGUCGCGGCGGGCGCCGCAGCGGCCCUGGCCGCGCUCGUCGUCCUCGCCGCGGUGGCUGCCGCCGCGUACUUCGCGCGCAGACGGGCGGCCGGCCGGCCCUCGCUGUCGCGCGUCGAGCACGCGCCGUCCUCCGCCUCGGGCUCCGGCUCCGGCUCGUCCCGCCCGGCGUCGUCAGCUCGCAAGGACAAGGCCGGGAACGGCGCAGAUCGGGUCGCCGGCGCCGGCGCAAGCACCUCCGACGCGGCAAGCUCGUCCGCGGCCGCGAGCUCGCUGGAGUCGCCGGUGAAGAGGAAGGCGGCGGAGGCGGUCAGGGCCGCCGGCGGCGCCGCGGCGGGGGUGGAGAUGGGGUGGGGGAGGUGGCACGACCUGGCGGAGCUGGAGGUCGCCACGGGCGGGUUCUGCGCGGAGAACGUCGUCGGGGAGGGAGGCUACGGCACGGUGUACCGCGGCGUGCUCGCCGGGGGCGAGGUGGUCGCUGUCAAGGACCUGUUUGAUCACAAGGGCCAGGCCGAGAAGGAGUUCAAGGUGGAGGUCGAAGCCAUCGGCAAAGUGAGGCACAAGCACCUUGUCGGGCUCAUCGGUUACUGCGCAGAAGGGCCUAAAAGGAUGCUCCUGUACGAGUUCGUCGAAAACGGCAACUUGGAGCAGUGGCUCCACGGCGACGUCGGCCCUGUCAGCCCGUUGACGUGGGACAUACGGAUGAAGAUCGCCAUCGGAACAGCCAAAGGCAUCGCGUACCUGCACGAAGGGCUUGAGCCCAAGGUGGUGCACCGCGACAUCAAGUCGAGCAACAUCCUGGUGGACAAGAAGUGGAACCCCAAGGUGUCGGACUUCGGGAUGGCCAAGGUGCUGGGCUCCGGGUCCAGCUACGUGACGACCCGGGUGAUGGGCACGUUCGGGUACGUGGCCCCCGAGUACGCGUCGACGGGGAUGCUGAACGAGAGCAGCGACGUGUACAGCUUCGGCGUGCUGCUGAUGGAGCUCGUGUCCGGGCGCAGCCCCGUGGACUACAACCGGCCGGCCGGCGAGGUGAACCUGGUGGAGUGGUUCCGGGGCAUGGUGGGCAGCCGGCGCGUGGAGGACCUGGUGGACCCGCGCGUCGCCGCGCCGCCGCCGCCGCGGGUGCUCAACCGGGUGCUGCUGGUGUGCCUCCGCUGCAUCGACGCCGACGCGCACAAGCGGCCCCGGAUGGGGCAGAUCGUGCACAUGCUCGAGGGCGACGAGUUCCCCUUCCGCACGGAGCACCGCUCGCCGCGGGCGUCGCCCCGGACGUCGACGGGGACGCGGCCGUCGCUCCUGUCGGAGAACGUCGGGGCCGCCGACGACUCGGACAAGUCGAUGUGGAGGUGAGGGACCGAUCGGAGCUGCUGCAAGGAGCUGGAGCUGGACUGACUUUUUUUUCACCGGGUGUAAAUUUUUGUUGUUUAUUCGCGGCGGGGUUGAGGGGGGUUAAUCCGUGACUGUCGCGGCUCUGUUCCGACAGCACGCGCGCACGCGUGGGCGUGGCUUCAACCCCGCCGCGGGCAAUUAUUCCUCCGCCCGGCCGCUGCCGGGACGGCGCGCGCCCUGGUCGAACGAACGUGAGAGAGAUCACGCGUUCGUCAUUCGAUCCGCGGCGCAGGACGACAUGCGCGCGGCGGCGAGGAGGCAGCCCGGACGAGCUCCGACAACCAGAUUAACGGCCGAGCAUUCAAGCAUCAGUAAUGCUCAGAGUGGUCAGGCCAGGCCUGAGCCUGAUCCGGCCUGUGGGCUCACGUGAACAACAUGACUCGUACCGAACGGGCAAAUGUUCGGGCCACUGGUAACAGGGUUCCACACGUCUCAUGUGCCCAGUAGGCCUGUUGGUUUCGCCGUUUAAUGAUGCGCGUACUAGGUUGCUUGGAAAUAGUAUGCCCGCGUUGCCCAACGAGACAUCGAGCUGCACAGAUCAGAGGCGGUUCAUCACUAGCUCAUGCUGCUUUCUUUCAGUUUCAGGGAUGGUAUAUUGGUAAGAGUAGCAGACAUCACAAGACAACCAUCUCUCUGUUCUGCCUGGCAACACAAAGUGUCAGACAGGCACACAUCAAAAGCCUGAAGGCUGAAACCAACAGGUUGCGUUUGCCUCGAUCAUCAUUGCAUCUUUGCUCGAGGAGACUCUCACCAAGUCACCGUUAGCAGGCUAGCAGCAGGCACCAGCCAUGGCAAGCAGGCUCUCACCAAGCUGUGAGGGGGAAGUUGGUGGCCACCGACCCAAAGAGCAUUUCGAUGGAGCGCGAACGUGGCCAGCACCAACGGAGCCGUGUCGCGCUCGCCUCGCCGCCGGCGAGGAGGAAGUUGGUGGCCACCGCCCACCGACCACGUCCCGGCCCGGAGGCUCGCGUCGCCAUGCUCGCCUAUCAUCCCGGAAUUGCAAGGCGCGCCGCGCGUCUCUCCCUGCAAGGCGCGCCGCCUUUAGGCUCCGUCCUUGCCUGCUGUCCGUCGCCAUAGCCGGUACAGAACGAGCUGGGCUCAUGUCGUCAUGGGAGGAGGGGACCUGCACGGAAGGGACGGUCCUGGGGCACCGCGGACCUCAGGCUUGAAGCGGAGGCGGACGAUCAGGUGGACGGCGAAGAAAACACCGACCAGGGGGCGGACGGUAUUUCAAAUACCGUCCACACCUGGGUCCCUUCCGUCCAUUAGAUCAAGCACGAGCGUCCCAGAUCGGAUGUGAACUGUGUCAACGACUUGAUUGUCCUCGUCAAGACAGGCGCGGGAGCUUGAAGCGGCAUUGCUCGGGCUAGUCAGCGAGUGCCCGCCGACCACUGCGGACCCCAUCCGGUUCACCAUUGUUCAUGACUAGAGAUUAGAGAUGGCCCGGCGGCCGGCAGGCUUCGGGAGAUGCGCGCGGGCGCAAGCUAUUUCUGUUGUGUUGCGCAUGCGCUGCCAUCCCAGGAACUGAAAGCAGCAGGACAUAUGGCCUCGCUUGCUGAUGCGAGAUGGUGGCGCUCGGGCGGGGGAAGGGAACCUGGACGAAGGGGGAGGGCAGGGGCAGCAAUCAACUCCCGCGGGUGUGCAGAGGAGCUCUGGCGUGCGGGGUGGAUCAUGGGUGCGAGGCCAGGGUGGAGGGGGGUGGUCGGUAUCUGAAAUAUCGUCCAGCCUUGGGUACCAAGGCCCAAGGGAUCCGUCAGAUCAAACAGGUGCAUCUCAGAUUGGACGUGGGCUGGGGUCAGCAGUCGUCCAGGUUAGCCCCGGGCGUGGGAGCGGGGCGCGAUGCAGGCUGCGGCGUUGCUGGCCCCGGAGCUCUUCGCGAUGAAGCUUGCCGCUCGCGGGAAGGAGACAACCGGGCGGCGAAUGCGAGUCUCAAUGAGGACUGAGACUAUUGAUGAGUACCAUAUGAUGAAAUGAAUGUGCACAUAAUUUAGACCUUAUUAGGUUACAUAUGGAUCUAUUCCGGAUCGAGAACUAAUUGUAACAAAAUAGAUUCAUAAUAGUUAUAACAAGAGACCGUGUUUGAUUCCA